AAAUGGGCCUGUACUAACUAAAUAAGCCCAAUAGCUAUAUGAGUAAACAAACAAAUCCUAGGGCUUCAGUUUUCUUCUUCUUUUGAUAUAUAAUCAAAGCUGAGCUGCCGCCGCAUAGGAAUCAGAAGUCGUCGUCGUUGUCAGCUCCGAAACACCAGCAAACAUGGCGAGGGGAUUGAAGAAGCAUUUGAAGAGGCUCAAUGCCCCCAAGCACUGGGAUCUUGACAAACUUGGUGGUGCCUUCGCUCCCAAGCCGUCUUCUGGACCUCACAAGUCGAGGGAGUGUCUUCCUCUCGUCUUGAUCAUCAGGAACAAGUUGAAGUACGCUUUGACGUACCGUGAAGUCAUCUCCAUCCUCAUGCAAAGGCAUAUACAAGUUGAUGGUAAAGUCAGGACUGACAAGACAUACCCUGCUGGUUUCAUGGAUGUUGUAUCAAUCCCCAAGACGAAUGAGAACUUCCGUCUUCUGUAUGACACCAAGGGACGUUUCCGCCUCCACUCCAUCAGGGACGAGGAAGCAAAGUUCAAGCUUUGUAAGGUUAGGACUAUCCAGGUGGGGCAGAAGGGGAUCCCUUACCUCAACACUUACGACGGUCGCACCAUCCGUUACCCUGACCCACUCAUCAAGCCAAACGACACCAUCAAGCUUGACCUUGAGGAGAACAAGAUCGUUGACUCCAUCAAGUUUGAUGUCGGUAACGUUGUGAUGGUGACGGGAGGGAGAAACAGAGGGCGUGUGGGUGUGAUCAAGAACCGUGAGAAGCAUAAGGGAAGCUUUGAGACGAUCCACAUCCAAGACUCGACGGGACACGAGUUUGCUACAAGGUUGGGCAAUGUGUUCACCCUCGGGAAAGGUACAAAGCCGUGGGUGUCUCUUCCAAAGGGCAAAGGUAUUAAGCUGACCAUCAUUGAGGAAGCCAGGAAGAGGCUUUCUGCCCAGCAAGCUGCUUAAAAGUUGAAUCUUCAUCCAAGACUGUGUUUCGUUUCUCUGGUCAUAAACUCUAGCUUCUUAUCUCAGUUUUGAGCUUUUGUUCUUUCAUGUUGCUUUCUCGCAAAACCCCAUUUUGAAACAUCUGAAAAUUCCAGUAGAACGUUUUGUAAUGUCUGCGUCUUUGUCUUAAUUUUUUUAAAUAAUUUACUCGUUAAAAUCAA